CAGCAGAAAACGACUGUCAAAAUGGAUCAACUGCAGCGCCGGAUACGGAUGUGGAUAUUUAUCUCAAUGCUUAGCCUAACGCUCAUAGAUGCCGCCAAGGUGUCGUUUUACGGCGCCAGUCACAUCACGAUGCCACUGCAAGAGUCAAAGAUGUCCACCAAUAUUCGGUUGCGAUUUCGUACCCGGCAAGACAAUGCUCUUAUGCUGUUGACGGCCGGGCGCAGUGACUAUGCGCUGCUCAGUAUCGAUAGUGGUAAAAUUAGGUUUAGCUUCAAGAUAGAUGACUAUCAGACAGAUCUCUGGUCACCAGUAACACUCAAGAUAAACGAUCUCCAAUGGCAUGACAUUUCAAUUUCUCGCUAUGCCGCCAAUUUGACGCUCCAGAUCGAUGAGUACUUUGCCACGAAAACGCUUCCGCCCAAGGUGAUGGAACUGAACGUACACAUGGGUGUAAUGCUUGGUGGUAAGGGUGACUACAACGAACCGUACAUGAGCGCCCUGCCAAAUUUUCGUGGUUGUAUCGCUGAUGUAUUUUACAAUAACAUUAACAUCUUUAAACGUGCCCGGGAAGGAAAGGAUCACGUCACCACGCAGGACGUUUCGUGGAUCUGUUCUCCUGAGUUCGAUGCCGAUCAAGACGUUCCGAUCAGCUUCCUAGACGACGAUAGUUACAGCGUACUGCGCAAACCAACCUCAAAAUCGGGCGAUCGCUGGAACUUUGAGUUUCGAACGAUCGAACCAUUCGGCACACUACUCAGUAACAUUCCACGUUCGACCAAGCACGACUACAUGAUGCUGGAGAUCGUUCAAAGCAAGCUACGAUUGCUGGUCGGCAAAGGAUCGAACGCUGUCGAGCUGAUACCGGAUCGGAACGUUUCGGAUGGUAAAUGGCACAACGUGUCCAUUACGUACAGUCCGAUGUUGGUUGAUAUCAUGGUCGAUGAGACGAGCAACAGUGCAACGUUCGCUAAUGGGAGCAGUCAGGUGAUCGAGCUCGAAGAAGACUUCUACAUCGGUGGUCUCGAUGCCGAACGGCACCGGAAAGCAUCGAUGAAACUGAUCCGCGAAACAGAAUCCAGCUUCAAAGGGUGCAUCCGUAACGUCAUCCUGGACGAUCAGGAUGUUGGGUUUCCUCACUUCAAAGUCACGCAUCACGUAACGGUCGAUUGUGUGUGGAAGUAUCCGUGCAUUGAGAAGCAACCGUGCAUCAUUAGCUCCCAGUGUCAGCAUCAGGGAAUAGAGGACUUUAUUUGCUACUGCGAUCAAGCGUACUGCAUCAAGGCGGACUAUGGCGAACGGUACAAGAUAUUUACCCGCUCCAUGUCGCGGGUGGAGCUGGAACUGUUGGAAAUUAACCCGAUGGAGGUGAUGGAAGGUGGCAUCGCGUUUCUUUCGCGGGAGUUCAUAAGCGUCCUGUUCGAUUAUCCGGAGAUGGGCGUUAAGGAGGCGUCCAUUAUUUUUCACAUCGUACAGCCUCCGAAACAUGGCCGUGUGACGAUCUCUUCUUAUGGUCCAGAAAGUAAUGGAACGGUAACGCAGACAAAGUUUUUCUCGCACAUCGAUCUCAGCACGGAUAAGGUGAAGUACACACACAACGGUGAUGAACAUCCAACCGAUCAUAUGACGAUCGAUAUGCAGUUGAUGUCAUUUUCGCGUGAAUCAAAGCUUCCAGACAUUACUGGCAAGCAUCGCUUUGUGCUGCACGUUAAUGUGACGCCGGUAAAUGAUCCUCCGGUGUUGCAGUUGCCACCGAACAAACAUAUCCGGAUUACACAAGGAAUACCGAAAGCAAUUGGUACGGAUGUGCUUAAUGCGGACGAUCCGGAUAGUCCACCAGAGUCACUUAUCUACACAAUACUGAUGAGUCCUAAUUCGGAGGCACAGCAAGGACGCGUAGAAGUGAAUGGGAAAGCCGUGACAACAUUUUCGCAGUCUGAUAUCAAUGAGGGAAGUGUAACGUACGUCAUCAAUACGAAAGGAUCGGAAGAUUCACACUUCGAUCUGACGGUUCAGGUAUCGGACGGGAUGGAAACGAGCCCGGCUAGCUCGGUACGCGUGUCCGUACUGCCACUGCAGCUGCGUAUGAUCAACAACACAGGGUUAGUGUUGAUCCACAAAUCGGCUGCCACAAUCACCCCGUACAAUCUAUCCUUCGUGCCGAACGCUGAGGAAGAGAACGUAGACAUGAAGUUCGAUGUGGUACAAUCUCCCUUGUACGGGAACUUGCAGAAGCUUCGAACGGUGGAUUCUUCUUGGGUGAACGUGGAUUCCUUUACCAGCAGUCAGGUGAUGUUGGGACAAAUCCGUUACCUACAUGUAACAGAUUUUCCUCAGCACGAUGAGUUUAAGUUCACAGUAUCCCUCGGUCCCGUCACUACACCGACGUAUGAUUUUCGGAUCUCAUUCACCAAACUUCGCAUUGGCAUGAUCCGCCAGACUAACAUGCACAUCAACACAAAAGAGAACACGAUACGGUCCGACUUUCUCUUCCAUCAAACCACACCAAUUGUGACGCUAUCCCGCAACGUGAUCUACACCGUCGUGACAGCUCCAAAGUUUGGCGUCAUUUACGUCGAGGGUCAUCCACAAACGGCUCGACCAGGCCACUCCUUCACACAGCACGAGAUCGAUAAGAAUCUCAUCAAAUAUCGCACCUAUCAGUCAUCGUACGGUAGUUUUAUCGAUACGUUCGAGUUCAUCGUAUCGGUGCCGGAGUGUGAAGAUGUGCAAGGGAAGAUCGAUUUUAUCUACACACCACCGGACUAUCUGGCAAAGCAGAUCGUGUACCAGAAGCGCGAGAAGCUGUACGUGCACGAGGGCAACAAGACGGCCUUGUCCAGAACGAACUUUGAGGUGUACUUUAACAAAUUUAAUUUCCUUUCGUUCAAUCUUACCCAUCAUCCGAAGCACGGGAAAAUUUGUCUGGUAAAUCCACGCACCUUUGAAGCGAAAGAUAUUGGCACCUUCACGCUGCAGGAUUUGUUUCUGGGUGAUAUUCAUUACUGCCACGAUGAUUCCGAGUCGACGCGCGAUAGUUUCCGGCUGUUGAUCCUAUCCGAUGAUGAGACGGAUUUUCAGUAUGUUUGCGAAAUCCAGGCGGAGAUCACGCUGCAGAAUGAUAACGGACCUUACCGGGUGUUUGAUAAAGUGUUUCAUAUAGUGCGCGAUGAGACGAAGAUACUGACGGCCGGCGAUUUGAAGUACGACGAUCCGGACAUGGAAACGCGCGCGACUGAUAUCGAGUAUCGGUCGGUAACCUGCACGAAUGGGGAGCUGUACAAGAGUGGCAAACCUUCGGAACAGUUCACCCAGGACGAUCUGGACCAUGGAAGGAUGCUGUUUAUGCACAACGGAACGGACAACGGAAAAGUUUCAUUUAUCGUAACGGAUGGCAUGUACGAGGUGCCUGGUUCGUUGGAAAUCGAAGCAUCCGAACCGUUUCUACGGGUACGAGAAAGUAACGCUUCGAUCGUGCAGGAAGGUCGAGCCGUUCUGCUUACCAGCAAUGAUUUAAACAUCGAUACAAAUUUAAAUGCGAAACCGCAGGACAUUGAGUACCGUGUAAUGGAUGGACCGAACAAUGGUUUGCUGAAGAUUUUUGUGCCAAAGUUUGAUACGGGACAGCUGCAUCGGCUAAACAAUGCAACUACGGCGUACAACUUCUCGCGUGCGGAUGUGCUUUCCGAUCGGAUCGUUUACUGGAACCGGGAUGUAGCGUCGAUGGAUCGGAUAAAGUAUCGUGUGGGAACGAAGGGAGUUUGGACGGAAGGUGAAGUUAUGAUUCGUAUCUAUCCGCCGGCAUACUGGGAGCAAUUACGAAUUAGGCGCAAUCAGACACUGUACGUGGAGGAGUCGACCAGUGUCAUUAUAUCGAGAGAUAUACUUGAGAUUGUACAUCCCAACAUUUCACCGGGUGAUAUAACGUACCUAGUAACGACACAGCCCCAGCACGGCUAUCUCGAGAUACAAUCAAUCACAUCAGACGACGAGUACAACUCGAAGGUGUUUGACCAGUCCACGAUCAAUGCCGAAAAGAUGUUCUACAUACAGGCGGGCGUUAAUCAAUCGUCCGACUACUUUACGUUCGAUGUUACCAACGGCAUAACGUGGUUGCGAGAUCUGAUGAUGAAGAUUGUUAUCAUACCGGAACAUUUGUACAUCCAAACGAACGAGAUCGUUGUAGAGGAGGGAAAGACAGUGAAGCUAGACCCUGAAGAUAUGGUCCCCUACUCAGAGUAUUACAAUGGGAAGAUUCUCGAGUACAAGAUUCUGGAUCAACCACAACACGGCAGCAUACGUGCUGGCAAAUCUUCUAAGGUGAAUCGCUUCACGCAAAAGCAGCUAGAAGCGGGCGUUAUCACCUACGUACAUAAUGGAAGCGAGAACUCGUCCGACACGAUCCGGUUGGUGGCAUUGAGCCGAAACAAGGAAAGUGUGCCAUAUUUACUGUCCAUCAAAAUACUCCCCAUCAACGACGAGAUACCGCUGCUGGUUACCAACACGGGACUUCAUAUGUGGAUCGGUGGAAAAUCGAUGAUCGGUAGCAAUGAUCUAAUGGCUCAAGACUAUGAUACUCCACCGGAGAACCUAACGUUCUACGUCCAACAAAUGUCCGGCGGCUACGUUGCGUACAAGGACAGCUACAACAAGAAAACGCACUCAUUCACCCAGCAAGACAUCAACAGCAACAUGGUGUACUUCAUACACGACAGUAGCAACCAGAACGGGAAGGUUGUGUUCUAUGUGAGUGAUGGCGUUCACAACACGUCGGAAAGUGUACUACAUAUCGUCACCAACCCAGUUGCGCUGGAAGCGAUCCGGAACGAAGUACUCCAUGUGUUUCCACUUACCCGCAAGCAGAUUCUACCCGAUCAGCUGUACUACAAGUGUUCGGAUGACGAUCGGGACGUGAAGUACGUGGUCACCGUACCACCCCAGAUGGGACGACUUCUAUUCGAGCAGGUAGAGUUUGGAUAUUCGAACGAGAUCAGCGAAUUCACCCAGUACGACAUCGAAAAUGGAAGGAUCUUCUACGAGCACACUCAUCCAAUGGUGGAGCUGAAGACGAACGAUUCCUUCUACUUCGAUGUGACGGCACCACUUUCGAACAGUUUGGUAGAUCAGAUCUUCAACAUCGAUGUGUCGGUAUCGUCCGGAGGCUUGUUACGCUUUUUGCCCGUACCACGCAUCACCAUCGACGAGGGUGAAUCGGCUCCGAUCAAACUGGAUCUUUCGAAGGUGUUGGAAUAUCUCGAAACACGGGCAGGCAUCGGUGCACCGGAGCUGUACAUUGAAGUUCACCCGCCGGCGCACGGUUUGGUAGAGCUGGAGGAUGAAUCGCCCGAGGUGAACCGAUUCUCGUUGAACGAUUUCUACUCGAACAAAGUCAUCUACAAGCACGACCAUUCAGACACGGUGGAGGAUAAAAUUGCGCUCGCCGUGUUUCUUGUUCCGGGUCAUCUGUUUCUGUGCAACAUCACCAUUCCAGUGACGAUCAAUCCCGUCAACGAUCAGCCAUUCCAUCUGCUAACGCCCUCACCGCACAUCUCGGUCAUCGAGGGCGAGAAUCAAACGAUAACUUCGACUCAUUUGCUCACCGAGGAUGCCGAUACGGAUGCGCGCGAUAUCGUGUACGAUGUGAUCAGUGGGCCUAAUCUUGGUGUGCUGUUGAAGAUUUCGGACGAAGGCUAUCCGCAGGACAUCAUCACGUACGGCAAUCAGUUUACGCAGGCAGACAUAAAUGAGAAUCGUAUCAUCUACACGCAUUCGGGAAAUCCACAAUCAACCACCUUUUACUUUAAGGUGUCCGAUGGCAAGUUUAAGCCAGCGUACGAGAUAUUCAACAUAAAAAUUCUUCCCAUCACGAUUCUGCCCGGGUUCAACAGUCAACCGAUCCUGGUGCAGCAAGGUUCGAAUCUGGGGCUGCUCGAACCGAAACACGUUUCCGUUGAGACGAACGUACAGAAGAAUCGAAUUAUGUACAAUAUAACGAAAAAUCCGCUCGGUGGGAUCAUUAUCUCGAACAACAAACCGAUCCUGAAGUUUACCCAACGACAGUUGGAGGAUGGAAAGAUCGGUUACAUGCAGACGGACAUGAGCCGUUCGAACGAUACGUUUCAGCUGGAUGCGUUUAUACCGGACACUACGUCCGCCUGUUUGGUUGAGGUUAGUAUGUUAGUUCAACCGUUUAUAAUCAUCAACCCAAUAACGAUCACACCGGGCGAUCGCGUUCGGCUGAGUUCAACAUUCAUCUUCGACAAUCCGGCACAGUUGAAGCUGAACCGUUACAAUCCCAAAAUAACGAUUACUCGACGACCCAAGUACGGUUGGCUGAAGAAGAUUGUCCGCAGCACGGGGUUGGACUAUGCGGAGCAGCAGAGUGAUAAAGAGAUCAGCUCGUUCACGUACAAGGAGCUCAAGAGUGGUGUUAUAUACUACUCGGCACGUAAGUUCAACCAGGACUUUCAAUCUAUCAACGACAACUUCGAGUACGUACUAUCGACGAAGACAGCCCAACCGGGACAGGGAACUGUACCGAUCGAGAUAUAUUCCCCAUCACGAUCGCACGAUAGCGAUAGUGACGUUAACAUCGUAACCACGGAAUCCGUCAUCCCGCUGGAUUAUCUGAUCGCGGUUUGUAUUGCUGUUGCAGCGAUUGUCCUCAUACUGAUCACCGUACUCCUGCUCAAGUGUCGCUCCAAAACUUCCCACAAGGGAAACGAUCUCGACAAAGACAAUCCACCAUCCUUACCGAGGCCACCUGAUUUUAUGACGCUCAACAACCGGAUGUACACACCGUCGGAGAAUGAGUCGCUCCCGGUGACGAACUCGUCUACCCCGUUACCGAUCAUCAGUAGCAUUCCGCACUGCAAGGUGAUACCGAUCGGUGGGUUGGAUAAUACGCUUCAGCUCGAUUCCGAGACGGACGACAUGAUGGAUAUGCACGGCGAGCUGCUCCCAAGCCACGGCUAUCGGUACGGGUAUGGUGAUGAAAACGACGAAUGGAGUUCCUCGUGUGACGUUGGACCGGACGUUAACUACUCGACGAUCUCGCAACCACAGCAACAUCUACUGUUGCAGCAACACCAACAGCUGUUGCCACCGCAUCAACAGCAACACCUUCAGCAGCAGCAGCAGCAACAGCAACAGGCAAUUCUAUCUACGCCACAGCUUGCCAAAGCGAAUCCACUGCUACGCCGUAACCAGUAUUGGGUCUGA